AUGGUUCCACAACAUCCAUCAUCAUCCAAUGAAUACAGUAUGUCCAAUAACGCUGCAAGUUACCUAACCCUGAGCGUCCAUGAAAAAGCUGCAGUAGACGCUGAUAAUGAGCGCAAUAUUGUACUCAUUGAGCAGAAUGGGAAUUCAUCAACGAGCUCAAAAAGCUCGUCAAGCAAGACUUCCUCUCCUCAAAAGGGAGAUUUGCAGGUCGAUGAAUUAAGUGAGUCAAACACCGAGUUUGAUGAAAUGGAGUCUUCCUUAGGAAAAAAAACCAUGGUAAGCCUUUCCGGUAUCCAUAAGGCUCUAGUGGAGCUCAAAGACUACGCGAAAAAGUCUGACGACCGCCAACAGGAGAUGUUGAAUGUAAUGCGCGAGACACAGCAGCAGCAUCAGAAAGUGUUGAAUGAGCAACGGCAACAGCAUCAGGAAGUGUUGAAUGUGUUGUAUGAGCAACGGCAACAGCAUCAGCAACAGCAUCAGGAAGUGUUGAAUGUGUUGUAUGAGCAACGGCAACAGCAUCAGCAACAGCAUCAGGAAGUAUUGCAUGCGUUGCUCAAUGUAAUGCGCUCCUCACAACAACAGCACCAGGAUUUGAUGGGUGUGUUGAUUGCGCAACAGCAAGAACAAAAACAGCAGCACCAGGAUUUGAUGAAAGAACUACAAAAACAACAAAAUAAUAAUAAAUAA